AUGUUGACAGAAGUUGCACGAUAUCUCACAUUCCAAGGAUUUAAAGUGAUUGCAUACCUGCCCAAUAGAGAUAUCAAGCUUAAAUAUAAUGCAUGUACGCCAGCAUCAGAUGAGCUCAACCAGGAAUUGGAACAGCUUGCUAUCCAGGACUAUGCACGAAUGGAGAACCAUAAAGUAUUUCAUGAUAUAGACAGUUUGUUGGAGUUUGUCACCAUCAAUUGGCGUGAAAACUAUGUCAUCUCCCACAUUGAUGACAUCUCGAUGCUCAAAGCGUUGCAAAAGCGACCAUUUUUCUUGCAUAUCUCAAUUGACGCGCCCAUUUAUUUGCGAUAUAAGAGAUCUAGACAGUACCACAAGACAUUGGAUGAAUUUGUUAUGGAGAAUGAUGAGGCAUUGUUCAAUGUCAAAUCACCAUUGCUAGAAAUAAAUAAUCAGGCGCAGGUCAAAAUCAUCAACACCUCAAGCUCAACAAAGGAUUUGUUUAUUAAAUUAUCAGAGUUGAAUUUGCUCGACCCCACGCGGUUACGACCGAACUGGGACUCGUAUUUCAUGAGACUAGCUGAUUUGGCUGCAUUGAGAUCAAACUGCAUGAAGAGAAGAGUUGGGUGUGUGAUUGUUAGAGAAAAUAGAGUUGUUGCAACAGGUUACAAUGGUACUCCAAGACAUUUGUUGAAUUGUAACGAAGGUGGAUGUUCAAGGUGUAACCAGGGCCAAGGCAGCGGUGCAAACUUAUCCACGUGUCUCUGUCUACAUGCCGAGGAGAAUGCAUUAUUGGAAGCUGGAAGGGACAGAAUCAGAGAUGAGAGUGUUUUGUAUUGUAAUACUUGUCCAUGCCUUACAUGCUCCAUAAAAAUUGUGCAAAGUGGUAUUCGUGAAGUGGUUUAUGCACAAAGCUACUCAAUGGAUGAACAAAGCCACAAAGUCAUGAGCGAUGCAAACAUUAUCCUUCGACAAUACCAACCGCCAGUAGACGGUAUAUUUAUUUAA